AUGCCUCCACUUGGAAUGUCAGUAUUCUGCGUCUACUGCGUCGCCAGCCGAAAUAUGACGGCCGUACCAUGUCUCAAAUGUCUUCUCAACACCCAGCGGCUUGGCGAUUAUUGCUUGCUGACCGAAAAAUCCGAGGCCCCUCCGCGGUACGAAGUGGUUCAGGCCGAAGAGAGCUUCUGGCCCGAAUACUUCGCCGUUUACCCGGAACACAAGAAUUUGCAGCAACAUCAGUACCCUCCCACGACUACAUCGACGACCACUACGACUACAACUUCGACGAGUACAACGACGACUGCUUCUAUGACGACUUCGACAAGUACAACCGAGACAACGGAAUCCUCUCCCGAUCCGCCACUGCCGGUGAACUCCUCCGAGUCGUCGCCGCCACCGAAUGCCACCUCGGCCUCCUCGAGCACGACGGCCAAGCCAUCGGAACAGAAGCCCGCCAAGCAGCCACCUACGAAGCUGAGGAAGGCGAAGGAGGAGAAUCGAGAGUGGUACGAGAUCCCGUGGCUGUGGAUGGUGUGGGGUGUGGCGGCGUUGUUCUGCUGCGUGUGUACGUGUAUCUGCUACUCGAUGUGCUGUAGGAGGAGCGUCGACCCGCAGAACCUCGACGAGCCAGGUACCUUCGCCCCCGAAUUCGUGAACGUCGAGCCGAUGCACCACGAGCUGGGCGCGACGGAAGAAGCCCUGUACUGCCCCCGUCGCAGCCGUACCACCUGGUCCAUCCCCACCGUCAUCUCGCCCUCCCUCACCGUCGACGAG